AUGGCACAGCUGCUGCGGAGGGCGCGGAAUGUCGCCGAGGUGGCUGCAGCAAUCUCCGCUUCGUACGAGUUGGAUAUUGAGCGACUGCCCAUGGAGACCAUCGAGGUGGUCCUGAAAAGCUUGAGCUUGCCGUCCCAGCCCAUGGCCGAUGUGACGACCCAGAUCAACCACUUGGACGCACAGAAGAAGAUCCUCAUAGCGCUGCCCAAUGUGUGCGAGAAGAAGAACAUGUCCUUCAAGCGCACGUUGGAACUCAUUGAUUCCUUGAAGAGCUUCGGUGGUGAACACCCCGAGCUGAAGGUCCUGGAUUGGCGGCUCCGUUGCCAGAAAGAGCUGGGCGACAUCUUGUCCGAGAUGAUCCGUGAUGGGAAGGUCCCAAAGGAGGACCUGUCCUUCGAAGUCUUGCAAGAGCUUUGUGGGAUGACACUGGACUGGAGGACCUGUGGGGAGAAGCUCACAAAGGACGCCGCCAAACUGUGCGAGGGGAAGAGCUUGGAAAGCUUGUUGCCAUUGCUAAAGUCAUCAGUCAAGAUGUCUUAUACCUCAUUGGCAGAGCUGCUGGCAGCAAAAGCUGAGCCCUUCCUCGCCACGGGCAGCGAAGCGGUGGCGGAGCUCUUGGAGGCCAUGGUGAAUGGAUCCAUUCAGCUUGACACCAUCCCGGGGCGAUUACUGAAAGUCUUUCGCAAAGCGCCUUUUGCUACGGCUGCUGCGAUCAUUGCCGGGUUGGGAGAGAAGGGCCUUGAGGGAGAGGAGAUGCAGGCGUGUGCCAAGUCCUUGGUGGCCAGCCGUGAAGCUCUGGAGGCCUUGCAACCUGAGCAGCUGCUGCGGCUCACAGUGGCCGCAACCAAGUCGGAGCCAGUGGCCAAGGAGGCUUUGGAUGCAGUGGCAUCUGCUGCCGCCUUGGUCUUGAAUGCAUUUAGCUUGGAGGAUGCUUCCAAGCUUCUGCUUGCAGUGGCCAAGGCUAAAGCAGGUGCAGGCUCAGGGGUUCAAGAGCUUUAUGAGCGGGCAGCGGAGGUGAUUCCGCCCAAGCUCUCGGAGCUCUCCUCCGGGCAGCUCAUCAAGGUGGUCUUGGCGGUCACCAAGGUGGAAGCAUGUAGACCCCUGCUGGAGACAGCAGCGCAGGCAGCUGUCGCCAGGGUGGGAGAUGUCCAGCCCUCCCAGAUGAUGUUGCUAAUGCAGGGGCUGCUUCCUUUGGGUGGAGAGCAUCCAGCAUUGAACAAGAUCGCAGACAACUGGGCAGCAAGCUUCUAUGAAGCCACACGGCUGGAGGGUCUGCUGGGACCUGAUCAAAUUGAAACCAGACGUAAAGAGCUGGAAAGCAAAGGUCAGCUGUCAGCUGAUCAGGUGUCCAAGCUGGCACUGAUGGUGGCUCCUGUGAUGCCAAAGCACCAAUCCUUCUGGAACGCUUUCGGGAAGCGCCUCAGGGAAAUGCCUGAGGAUUUAAGCGAUGUCGGCAUCGCCAACCUGAAACUGGCGUUUCCGGAAGGAGCUGGACCAGACUUUGAGAAAAAGGAGAAGAUCUUAAAGAAGGCCUACAAGGAGGGAGGUGGCGCCGCGAAGGACAGAAAGAAGGAGAAAGAGAAGGAUAGAGAUAGGGACAGAUCUCGGGAAAGAGACCGGGACAAGUCCCGUGAACGCGACCGGGAGAAAUCGAAGUCGAGACCGGAGAGAGACCGCGACCGGCUGAAAGAUCGGGAUAGAGACAGGGACAGGGGUAGGGAUCGGGAAAAAGAGAGGGAAAGAGAAAGAGACAGAGAUUUCAACGGUGAUAGAGCUCGAGUACGGACAGAAGAAGAGAUUGAAAGGCAAAAGAGGCAAAAGGAGGAGAUGCGCCGAGCUGAUCGUGAACGUGUCCUAGAAAUGGAGCAUGAACGUGAGAAGGAGCGGGAGAAGGAACUGGAAAGGCGGAGAGAGGCCAAGAAGCAAAUGGAAAGGGAAAAAGAAGAGCGGAAAAAGGAGAAGAAGGCCAAAAAGAAGGAGAAGAAGAACAGAAAGGAGGGUGUCCAGCUCAGCAGCUCCAGCAGCGACGGCGGCGUCCAACUCACGGGCCUCGUGGGCGCCAAGCCGGCAGCGCCGGAGGCGGCCGAGAAGGCAGUGUCGUUGGAUUUGGAUGUGGAUGUACCCAAGACGGUCGACCUGGACAUAGACGGCGCAAUCGAGCUCGACGCAGAGCCGAAGCCGAAGCCGAAGCCGGUAAGGUCUAAUAGCGUGGCGGAGGUUCAAGUCUCCACCAAGGCCGCUGAGGCAGCGAAGCCUCCUAGGGAAAAUGGCCAUGCGGAGGACAUCGACAUGGAGGUGGAUCUUUCCUGCCAGGUCGAGGAUGUGGCCAAGCCGGCCGAAAAGAGAAAGGCCAAUGAGAGCAUCGUUGACCUGGACCAGGAAACAACGGCCAAGGAACGCCGAGAUGCUCGAAAGAGAAGGGCCAAAGCGGCCGUGGCCGCCGUGGCCCCUGCGCCCGCCGCAGUGGUGACCUGUGACCUGGAUCUCGACGAUGCAGCUGCCUCCAUCAACAUUGACUGA